UAACUAUGAGAAGAGGUUGCUGAAUUUGCCGCUUGCUUAUUUUGCUCUUUGCCGAAAACAGAAAAUAGAUCUUUUUCGCUGUAUUCCAACAAUGGAUUUUUUAGAGUACUCGGAUAUUUCGGCGGAAAUUAAAGGAUGCAUGACUCCAGGGAAAUUAAAAAUGACUGAUCAAAGCAUUGUAUUUAAAAACGGUAAAACUGGGAAAGUAGAUCAAAUUCCAGCGUCAGAUUUUGAAGCAGUCAAUUUUCAAAACUUCGGGGGCUCAUGGGGCAUUAGGGUAUUCUUACAAAAUGGUUCUUUGCAUAGAUUCGUUGGCUUCAAAGAAUCUGAGAAAGAAAAAAUAGCAAAGUUUUUUACUAGCUCUUACAAAAUCGACAUGUUAGAGAAGGAGCUUAGCCUUAAAGGAUGGAAUUGGGGCACAGCUAAAUUUAAUGGAUCAGUCCUAAGCUUUGAUGUUGCCGAUAAGAGCGCAUUUGAAAUUCCUUUAAAUCAUGUUUCACAGUGCACGGCUGGCAAAAAUGAAAUUACAAUGGAGUUUCAUCAGAAUGAUGAUGCUCCAGUCAGCCUUCUAGAGAUGCGAUUUUUUAUUCCCUCAAAUGAGUUAGCUGGGGACGUGGACCCUGUAGAAGCUUUCCAGCAACAAAUAAUGAAAAAAGCAAGCAUUAUUAAUGUGUCUGGUGAUGCCAUAGCCAUAUUUAGGGAAAUUCACUGUCUUACCCCAAGAGGUAGAUAUGAUGUCAAAAUAUUCAGUUCCUUUUUUCAACUCCAUGGUAAAACUUUUGACUACAAAAUACCAAUGUCCACUGUGUUGAGGCUAUUUAUUUUGCCCCACAAGGAUAGCCGGCAAACAUUUUUCGUGGUCAGCUUAGAUCCACCUAUUAAGCAAGGUCAGACGCGUUAUCACUUCUUGGUGUUGCUUUUCAAACAGGAGGAUGAAACGUCUUUGGAGUUGCCUUUUACAGAUGAAGAAUUAAAAGAAAAAUAUGAGGGAAAGUUAGACAAAGAACUGUCUGGACCAACUUAUGAAGUGUUGGGAAAGAUAAUGAAAAAUAUAAGCAACAGGAAGCUGACUGGACCAGGGAAUUUCAUAGGGCAUUCGGGCACUCCAGCAGUUGGGUGUUCUUUCAAAGCCGCUGCCGGUUACCUUUACCCUCUCGAACGAGGUUUCAUUUACAUUCACAAACCUCCUCUUCAUAUUCGCUUUGAGGAAAUUACUUCCGUCAAUUUUGCAAGAGGCGGCGGGAAUACUCGAUCAUUUGAUUUCGAAAUAGAAUUGAAGUCCGGAACUGUACAUACUUUCAGCAAUAUUGAGAAAGAAGAAUAUGGAAAACUUUUUGAUUUUAUCAACUCUAAGAAACUUCAUAUUAAAAAUCGCGGGAAGAGUGACAAAGCCUCUUAUAAAGACGACUUUGGGGAUUCUGACGAGGAAGCUGCACCAGACGCGUACCUCGAACGUGUCAAAGCCGAAGGUCAGGAGCGGGAAGAGAGCGACGAUGAUGAAGACGAAAGUACCGAUGAAGAUUAUGAUCCUUCAAAAGCCAAAGGCGGGAACGAUAGCGAUGUCGCGGAGGAGUUCGACAGUGAUCCUAGCAGUUCAGAAAGCGACGACGAAGAAGGCGGAAAGAAGGAAAAAAAGAAGGAAAAGGAGAAGAAAAAGAGCUCGAAAACGGUUUCGGAGCAGCCGAGAAAGCGGAGCGGCAAGAAGGAGAGAGACGAGAAUAAACCCAAGCGUGCGGCCACCGCUUUCAUGUUGUGGUUGAACGCGAACCGGGAGUCGAUCAAAAAGGAUAAUCCUGGAAUUAAAAUAACAGAGAUCGCGAAAAAAGGCGGCGAGAUGUGGCGAGAACUGAAAGACAAGUCCGAAUGGGAGAAGAAAGCGGCCAAGGAGAAAGAAGAGUACAACAAGGCAAUGGUGGAAUACAAGGCUUCGGGCGGAAGUUCGACUGCCAAUAAGAAAUCGUCGGCGUCUAAAAAAUCGAAACCCGACAGUUCGCCCGUCAAGUCGGGUCCCUUUAAAAGCAAGGAGUAUAUAGAAGAGAGCGAUAGCAGUUCUGAUGACGAAAAAGCGAAAAAAGAUAAAGAUUCUCAGAAAGACAAAACAAAGAAAUCUAAGAAAUCUGAUGAGUCAGACGAAGAAAAGGGUAGUAAACGAAAGAAGGAGAGCGACGAUGAAAAGAGCAAAAAGAAAUCUAAAAAGGAUGAGAAAAGUUCCAAACAAAGUAAGAAAAGGGAUUCUGAAAGUGAAGAAAUUUUAAGUACUCCGUCUGAAAGCGAGAAUGAAUCUGACGAGAAAAGUAAGAAGAGUAGCAAGGGAAAGUCUAAGUCGAACAAGAAAGAAAAAAGUUCCAAAAAAGGUAAAGAUUCAGAAAGUGAAGAGGAAAUUUUAAGCACUCCGCCUUCAAGUGGGGCUGAAAGUGAUUAAGUUACUGUUAUAUGUAUCAUUAAAUUAUAUUAAACUUUUUGUAUGAA